AUGCGUAGCGGCGGCUGCGCGGUGCAGCAGGAGCUGGCCGGGGACGCGGCGGCCGUGAUGCGGCAGGCGGUGAGCCUGGCGUGGCGCCGAGGCCACGCGCAGGUCACGCCGCUGCACGUCGCCAGCGCCAUGCUCUCGGACGCCGGGGGCCUCCUCCGCGCCGCCUGCCUCCGGUCGAGGGCGAGCUCCCACCCGCUCCAGUGCAAGGCGCUGGAGCUCUGCUUCAACGUCGCUCUCAACCGCCUCGCGACGGCGGGGGUGCUGGGGCCGGCGGCCCCGCCGGCCAUGUUCCAGUUCCACGCGGCUGCAGGGCACCGCGCGCCGGCGCUGUCCAACGCGCUCGCCGCCGCGUUCAAGCGAGCGCAGGCGAACCAGCGCCGGGGCGGCGGCUCGGCGGCGUCCGCCGCGGAGGGCCAGCACCAGCACGUCGCCGCCAAGGUUGAGCUCGAGCAGCUCGUCAUCUCCAUCCUCGACGACCCUAGCGUCAGCCGCGUCAUGCUUGACGCCGGCUUCGCGAGCGCCGAGGUCAAGGCCAACGUUGAGAAGGCUGUCUCGUCGUCGGAGCAGUCGUCGAACACGGCAAGCAGCAGCAGCGCCUCACCGAAUACUAAUAAUAACCCCACCAAGGAGUCCAGAGCCAAGGCCAACGACGUCGUCGGCGACGCCGUGCGCUUGCUCGACUGCAUGGCGAGCGGGACGAACCGGUGCGUGGUGGUCCUCGGCGAGAGCGCCGCCGCCGCGGAGAGGGUGGUCAAGGCGGUGAUGGACAAGGUGAGCAAGGGGGAGCUGCGGCGCCAGCACGAGCGCCUCAAGAACGCCCAGUUCGUGCCCUUCUUGGCGGCAUCCUUCCAGCGCAUGCCGAGGGAGGAGGUCCAGGCAAGGGCCGGCGACCUGUGCGCGCUCGUGCGUGAGUGCUGCGCCGCCGGCAAAGGCGUGGUGCUCGUGCUCGAGGACCUCGGCUACGCGGCGGAGGCCUGGACCGCCGCGUCGUGGAAGAGAAGUGACCAACGCGCGUAUGGCCUCAUCGACUAUUGUCCCGUCGAGCACGCGGUCAUGGAGUUGAGCAGCCUCGUGCGUGGCGGCGGCGGCCGCGACAAGGGCAUGUUCUGGCUGCUGGGGUUCGGAGCCUCCGCGUCCUACACGAGCUGCAGGUCGGGGCAGCCUUCCCUGGAGACCGUCUUGGGACUACACCCCGUCGUCGUGCCGGACGGCGGCCUCGCGUUGAGCCUCGGCGGCGACAGUGAGGUCACACACUGCAGCGCCGGCAUGGUCGUGGCGACGGCGGCGGCGGCGAGCGUCCCCUCGUGGAUUCGCCGUUGCCAAGUACGUCCAGUCCUCACUGGAUCGGAGCUCACACUGAGCUUCUCCUCUCCGGCCUCUUCCCCCCACUGUGGCUUUACCCAUCCCGACACCAACAAGAGCUGCGAGCCAUGGCAUGAUCUCAUGGACCGGCGGCAACCGUUGCUGAACCGCCGGCACGAUGGUCCGAUGGUGGAGCCACACGAUCAGCUGUCGCUCGCAAACCCUAAUUCAGGGUCCUCUAACUCGGUGUCUAAUAAAUCCAACUCAUCGGAUGGCACGACGACGGCUCGCCGCCGCCGUCCAAAGUUCACCGAGCUCACCGCAAAGAAUCUCAAGAUCCUGUGCAGCGCACUGGAGUCCCGCGUCCCCCGCCACAGAGAUAUAGCUCCGGGCAUCGCCAGCGCCGUGCUCCAGCGCCGCUCCGGCGUGAUGAGGACGGCGCGGCCGACCUCAGCGACGUGGCUCCUCUUCCAAGGGAGGGACAGCGACGGCAAGAUGGCCAUGGCUCGGGAGCUCGCCAGGCUUGUCUUUGGCUCCUACGCCGAGUUCACCUGCAUCGACGCAGCAGCAUCAAAGCUCACCCCGGACACGGAUCACUCCGGUUCCAGCAGCUCCGGCGGUCACCACAGCAGCCUCAAGAGGCAUAGGUCGCCGGGCAACGAGCAUGGCGGCUGCAUGCAGAUGUUCUACGAGGCGAUCCGCGAGAGCCCUCACCGUGUCGUGCUGUUCGACGGCGUCGAGCACGACUCGGAACUAGAAGCCGGCAUCAUGUAUGCCAUGGCGAGCGGAACCGUGAGGGGUUGCGAUGGUGGUGUGGUCAGCUUGGAGGACUCCAUCGUAGUGUGCUGUCAAGUGUUGGAGUCGAUGUCAUCGCCUAGGGUUUCCUCCCCACGGCCUGUGAAGCAAAGGAUCAUCACGAGUGACGAUGACAGCAAAGUGGAAGAUGAUGGCGCAGAGAAAGGAGUUAUUGUGCCACGUUUCAUCUUGGAUUUGAAUGCCGGCGCCAUUGACGGCGAAGGGGAUGAAGGGAGUUCUUCGUAUAAUGUCAUGGAGAUCCAAAAUGCUGUGGAUGGUGUUUUCUUCUUCUAG